UUUCAUCCAAUCUUGAAGCAUAAUUUCCUCUACUUGAGAAAAAUGGCUCACUUCAAGAUUUUGCUUUUUCUCAGCCUUCUCUUUACUAUAGUUCUUGUGUUCUCUUCCAAAGCUUCUGCUGAUAAUGAGCCUGGGGUUGCCCAAACUCAGGGUGGCGAGCAAGUGGACCAUCACGGCGGUGGAUGGCACUGCCACCGUCCACACUGCAAAGAGGGUGCCGGUGGCGAUGAGACUCAUCGAGCCAAGACAGAGACUAAAUCUGGAGAAAUUGAGAAGGGUGGCGAGCAAGUGGACCAUCACGGCGGUGGAUGGCACUGCCACCAUCCACACUGCAAAGAGGGUGCCGGUGGCGAUGACACUCAUCGAGCCGAGACUGAGACUAAAUCUGGAGAAAUUAAGAGUACUAAUCGCAAGCCCUAGAAACCCAAAUCAAAGCACUGCAAAUAUUGGCCACACUGUUAUUAAUUUCCUACUUCUUAGUGGGGAUACUACAUUGAAUAUUGUAAAAGCAAGCAAACGGUUGCUUUAUGUAUUUUGUGUGUUUCAAGCAAUAAGGCAUCUACUGCCAUGGUGUGUUAAUUAAGCUCAUCGCUUGGUUUUAUUUACUGUCUCAAUAUUAUGCUUUGUGUUGUGCUUCAUGCAAAAGGUUUAAUGAAGAAGUUGUUUUUAAUUUUAAUAA